GGUGAAAUUGCACACUCGAUAACCGCGUGUUCGCUACACCUCCGCACAAGGAAUCGACGUAUGUCGUAUUCGAGUUCUUUACCAAAACAAAGUAUUGUCAAACAAGCUCCGCUCACUAUUUCCAUGCGGACUCUCGUGUAGUGUGGAUGUAAGAUGUUUGAAGACUUUAGCCAGAAUACCGAUCAGUGUAAAAAACAUAACAAAAUAUUACGAUUUUAUCAAAUGAUUAGUGAAUUUUGGUAGUAUACCAAUAGACCUUUUGAACGAGUGGAAAAAAGUUUCUACGACAAAAUGUGGUGUUUGAUCAGUCAACCAAAUUCUGUUGUUUUUGAAGUAAGAGUUGAUCCAAAGGCUAUUGGACAAGAAUGCCUCGAAAAGGCCUGCGAGUAUCUGGGAAUCACCCAUGAGGCUGAUUACUUCGGACUGAAGUACGAGAACAGCCGUGGCGAAGAGCUCUGGCUCAAUCUGAGGAACCCAAUCGACCGACAAGUCAACUGUCACGCCGUUCCUUUAAGAUUCUCGCUGCGUGUCAAGUUCUGGAUACCACCCCAUCUCCUGUUGCAGGAUACUACAAAGCACCAAUUCUACCUGAAUGCUAAGCAUGAUCUCCUGGAUAAAUCAUUACUGGUGGACAAUUGGGAAACAGUUAGCUAUUUAAUAGCUCUCAUAGCUCAAGCAGAAGAAAUCGACUAUGAUCCCAUACAUCCUCCUCACACAGUCUAUCUGCAGACUUCGACAAUAUCUGCUGUAGAUUGUUUGGAAAAACCUCAAGAUCUCCUCCAUAAAAUAAUCGAAGAACAUAAACGUCUUAAAGGGGGUAAACGAUCUACAGCUGAGUAUUGGUUGUUGAAGGCAGUAUCUGAGCAAGAAACCUUUGGAGAGGAGAGAUUCCAUGCAGUGACCAAGCAGCAUCCCCAUGAAUCCCUCUCGGUUGGGGUAGGACCACAUGGCAUUUCGAUAUCAUCAGAAAACAAAGAAAAGCAACUGAUAACUUUCAGUAGUGUCAUAUCAGCCUCAUCACAAAAGAGAAACUUCAGAUUCGGCUACCUUCUCGAAGACGGAAGUACCACAGAAUUGGAAGUGAAACUGGAUUCCAGUCAUUUAGCUAGUGGAUUAUAUAGAGCUCUGACUGAGAAACAUGCAUUUUAUAGUUGUGAAACUGUCACAAGCGCCGUUAUGGCUCAAUGCAUUAGGGAUCUCAAAGGAAUCAUUGUAUCGAUUUUCAAUGAAGAUUCUAAUCAAGGCAAAAAAUAUGUCUUUGAUAUCAGAAGGACUUGCAGAGAAGUGUACGACGGGGCUAGACGUGCCAUUUACCAAGAGAAUAAUUUGCAAUCUACAGAACAGUCCAAUACCAAGUGCCAAGAUCAUGAAGAUAACUGCAAAGACUCUCAAGAAAAAUACCUUCGGCUUUUGGACAGCAUGUUGUGCAAAAUAUGCAUGGAUAGCCAAAUUGAUACUGCUUUCUUGCCUUGUGGACAUGUCCUGGCGUGCAAUCAUUGUGCCCUUAGAUGUGAUAAAUGCCCAAUCUGUAGAACCGAUAUCAAACAAUCUCAAAAACUCUUCUUACCUGUAGAGUUUAGGACGACAGAGAGAAUAGAAUGUUGAUUAGAUGAAAUCUUGAAAUACCCAAAAAUUAUUUUUCUAUCCCUUCACCCUAGUAUCGAGAAGAAAUAUAGACAUAGAACUAAUUGAAUGUCCCCCGAAUUAGCAUAGAAGUUUUGAUAUUUUGUAAAAUUUGGAUCUCGAAGUUUCUCAAUUUUAUAGAAUUUUAUUUAAUUUUGUGGCCAGUACUAAUAAAUGAGCAGUACUGAUUUGAAAUAGGAACAUUUUUUAGAAUAUCCUUACAAUUAGUUUGCAUUUUUAAAUAAUAUUAAUAUUCAAAUCAAUUCUGCUCUUCAAAUGUUUUGAAAAAUGGUCUAAAAAUCUGUUCCGAUUGUAUUUUCUUGUUUAGUUUGUUUAUCACAUUGUGCAUUUUCAUUCAUAUUCGGACUGAUUCUGAAUUUAUAAUUAUAAUUUAGUUUAUAUAUUUUUGAAUUCUGUGAUUUUUGAAGGUGCUGAAGAAAAUACCAAAUUUUCACCAAAAUGUACCUUACUAUAAAAUUCAAUUAAUUUAUUUGAAAUGUUUACUCAGUGGGAUGAAUGUUUCCCUCAUUUAAUUUUGUAGUUUCAAAUAUAAAUCCAUAAGAUGAAUUAUGGAAUACAGUAAGUGUUGUCUGAAAAAUAUUCAUAGAAAAAAAUUUCACUAUUAGAAUUACGAAGUUCUAAUCAAGUAAUAAGGGGAAACCCCUACUGAGAAAGCAUUUUUUGAAAUGAUUUACUUUAUGUGAUUCUUCUUGGAAUACAAACUCAUAUUGAGAAUAAUUUUAUUUAUUUACUAUGUAAAUUUAGUUAAAAGUACUGAAUAACGUUUCAUAAGUGUCGACAAUAGAAUGCAAGUUAAUAUGGAAACAAUAAAUAUUAAUGUAGUCAUUAUCAAUGCAAAUAUUGUAGUUAAUAAGAUCAUAUCUGUAUAUAUGAGUUUUUCAUUCAAUCCCAAGUGAUUGAUGUUAGAAUUUAUUGUAGGACUCAAGAGUGAUAAGAACUUUAUUUUGUGAUAAUUAUAGGAGUUAACUGUUCAUACAUAUAUCUGACUAAACCGUGGUAAAUUUUCUAUUGUUAGCAGACUAACAUUGAGUAUUUUAUGAGUAUUAUAAAUAUACCUGCUUAAACCUCUUCAAAAUAUAACCGAUAUUCCAUGAAAA